UGGCUACGUCUGGAAUCAGGAACCAUCUACACAAACCGAUUCUUUUUUUCUGACCCAGUCAUCAAACCUGUGAUGUUGUAACCUCCAAGAAAUGUCAACAUGGGCUCUCAACGGAAACACAGCGGUACACAGGGAGCGUGGGGAAGGCUGCCUUUAUACUUUUUGGCUAGUCUGUCAGUUUGUUUGUGCUUCUGCAGAGCACAAGACAGUUCGAUGGAGAACAUCGUGACUGAGAAAAAGGCUGAAGAAAGCCACCGACAGGACAGCGCCGACCUGCUGAUCUUCAUCCUGCUCCUCACCCUCACCAUCCUCACAAUAUGGCUAUUCAAACACCGCCGUUUCAGGUUUCUACACGAGACGGGGUUGGCUAUGAUUUAUGGAGUGCUGGUUGGGGUUGUGCUGCGUUACGGGAUCCAUGUGCCUCGUGACAUUAACAAUGUUACUCUGAGUUGCCAUGUCAAUGCCAGCCCAGCCACGUUACUGGUCAACGUAAGUGGCAAGUUCUACGAGUACACACUAAAGGGCGAGAUCAGCGCCAAUGAAGUCAAGGAUGUUCAGGACAAUGAGAUGCUUCGCAAGGUGACCUUUGACCCAGAAGUAUUUUUCAACAUUCUUCUGCCACCUAUCAUAUUUCAUGCAGGAUACAGCUUAAAGCGAAGACAUUUUUUUAGGAACAUGGGCUCCAUUUUGGCGUAUGCCUUUGUUGGAACAGUGUUGUCCUGCUUCAUCAUUGGCUUGUUUAUGUAUGGCUGUGUGACGCUAAUGAAGUAUACAGGCCAGUUGCGAGAUGACUUUUUCUUCACCGACUGCCUCUUCUUUGGUGCCAUCGUAUCAGCCACUGAUCCAGUGACCGUCCUGGCCAUCUUCAACGAGUUACAGGUGGAUGUCGAUCUCUACGCUCUAUUGUUUGGAGAGAGCGUGUUAAACGAUGCUGUUGCUUUGGUCCUUUCCUCGUCCAUCAUUGCAUAUCAGCCAGAGGGAGACAACAGUCAUACAUUUGAAGCCAUGGCCAUGCUAAAAUCCUUUGGGGUUUUUCUGGGAGUCUUCAGUGGUUCCUUUGCUCUUGGAGUAGCUACCGGUGUAAUGACUGCCUUGGUUACUAAAUUCACCAAGUUGAGGGAUUUUCAGCUUCUAGAAACAGCCCUCUUCUUCCUCAUGUCCUGGAGCACAUUCCUGUUGGCUGAGGCUUGUGGUUUUACAGGUGUGGUAGCAGUUCUUUUCUGUGGAAUUACACAAGCUCAUUACACCUAUAACAACCUCUCCCCUGAGUCACAGGACCGGACCAAGCAAUUAUUUGAGCUGCUGAAUUUCCUAGCUGAGAACUUCAUCUUUUCCUACAUGGGCCUGACUCUGUUCACCUUCCAGAACCACGUCUUCAACCCUAUUUUUAUCAUCGGAGCAUUUCUGGCCAUUUUCCUGGGCCGUGCAGCUAAUAUUUACCCACUCUCCUUCCUGCUCAACUUUGGCCGCAGGAACAAGAUAAGCUCCAACUUUCAGCACAUGAUGAUGUUUGCAGGUCUCCGAGGGGCCAUGACUUUCGCCCUGUCUAUCAGAGACACAGCCACAUACGCACGACAGAUGAUGUUCUCCACCACACUGCUGGUGGUCUUCUUCACCGUGUGGAUAUGUGGAGGUGGCACCACUCAAAUGUUGUCUUUCCAACGAAUCCGUGUUGGAGUCGACUCAGACCAGGACAAUUCGAUUGGCCCUGAUGGAUUAGAGAGGAGGAGCACCAAGCAUGAGAGUGCCUGGUUAUUUAGGAUUUGGUACAACUUUGACCACAACUAUCUGAAGCCCAUUCUGACUCACAGCGGGCCGCCACUCACAGCCACUCUGCCAGCCUGCUGCGGCCCACUGGCCCGAUGCCUCACCAGCCCACAGGCAUGCGAGAAUGAAGGUCAACUGAAAGACGACGACUCUGACCUUAUCCUGAAUGACAGUGACAUCAGCCUAACCUAUGGUGACGUUACAGUUAGCACAGAUGCGUCAGGCACACGCACCAUCAGCAUCCCUGCCGGUGCAGCUGGUGUCCACUCUGAUGAUGCUCUGGACCAAGAGCUGACUUUUGGUGACCAUGAGCUGGUGAUCAGGGGCACGCGUCUUGUGCUUCCCAUGGACGAUUCAGAGCCGCCUCUCCGCCACCGUGAGAUUUGAGCUGGAUGAAAAAGAAAACCCUGAAGGAAAUUCAAAGGCUUUCCUGUCCCUCUCUCCAUCACCACAGUGUGGUGCAAGCUCUCUCUUUCUCUCUCUCUCUUUCCCUCUAUCCUCUCUCUGAAGUGGCUGGUUUGAUGUCUCUACCUCAUUUGUCACUUUCUUUCAGCUCCUCCAAACAUGACUUGUGAAAACAUGUCAGUUUUUGCUAUCCAUUUUCUGCAUUUAUUUUCCCACAGCUCAGAUGUUAAAAAAAUGAUGCCAUCUUCAGGCAUUGUGGCAUUGUCUGUCUCUGAGGUUAGCAUGAGAACUGAUAGAGCAGUGCUUUCUUGUCUGCAUAGUAAGGUGUAAAAUAGCUGUGCAUGCUAAUUUUGUGCUAUCUGUUGGUGUGCAAGGCCUGGUUCAAAGGGGAUUCAAGCUUGGGCAAUGGCAAAACUGCUUGGUAAAGAGUCAGACAUUUAAACUAUUUUUUUAUCUGAGGAUCAGAACAGAGAGCGGUAUGGUGACCUGAUGGCUCAGUGUUUAUUUGGUUGCAAUCAAGUGCCUGUUGAAUGUCAUUUUUACUUCUCCUUGGAGCAAAACAACACUGCCAUCCACUAGAUGGAGGCCUUGUAUCUUAAAACUGAACUCCUCUGUGUAAUGUAUGCUUCAAAUUGGCAACAAGAGGGACGUGCUGUAGAUUGGAUUGGCUAUAGAGGGAUGGCUGUGCAAUCAGAAGACCCAGAACUCGCAUAACUGACCUUUGACUGUGACUCUGGUGGAUUUUACACCUUGUUAUACGUGUUCAUGUUAGUCACAGUAAGCCGUUCUUUUGUUGAGAGUCGCGGACACAAAAUCUGAGGCAUUUUUUUUUCUCUCCUGAUUUGCUUGCAUUUUGUAAAAAGUCUCAAAACAUCAUUUUUAGUUUCACCAUGCAGCUAUAAACCACUGAAAUGACUUAGUGUCAUGUUUAACAGUGAAUGAAUAAUGAAUGACUAUCCAUCACCGGUAUUACUAAUAUAAACCAAACUAGAGAAUUUUGGUUUUUUUUGUUGUUUUUUUAAAGAGUAUUCUUGUUGGUGUGUACUAAUGCACAGCUUCAAGGACUAAAGUUCACAGCAAUGUGGUUAAUUUCUUUAUAGACCUUUUAAUAUACUAACAUUGCAUGACGUGCUGUGCAGAGAUGCAUUGCUAUGUUUUCUCCCCUUUUUGCGGCAUUAUGGUGACAUAAUGUCACUGCAACCCACAUGAGAUUUUUUUUCUUCUGAAUAUAAAGAGGAGAUGGGUGAAUGAUAAUUUUAAGCAUGCUAUAAAAGGGCUGAAUGAACAGGUAUUAACUGUUUUACCAUUUGUUCUUUUUUUUUUUGUAGGGAAAAAAAUUGGGGAAAUUGAUCAUUUCCUGUUUGAGUUUAAUGUUAGGGUGUGGUGCAGUGAUGAGGAGAUGAUGGGUGUGAGCACAACUGUACAUCUGUUAGUUAUUGGAUACAUUUAUCUGAAUAUAUAUAGUGAACUAUGAGAAAUAAAUUAGUUUGAAUUAUUUUUAAAUACACUGUCUAUUAAAAAGAAUAUAAAAAGGUGCAAACAACCCAUUAAGAGAUUUGUGUUGCAUUCUCGUCUUUUAAAGUGUGUGCGCGCCUAUUUGUGUGUGUGUGCGUCUGUGCGUGUGUUUCAUAAAACACAUUGACUUUGUGGAAGGAUGGCCAUUGCCUUGAAUGGAAGGUGCUGGCACCCACAAUAUAAUGGGUCUUCUGAAUGAAAUGGCAAAAUUAAACACUGUCUGUGUUAUACUGUUGCUGUGGAUGAAGGCCCAUGAUGGACAAGGCAAGAGAGGAGAUGCAGAAACAGGGAAUAAGUAUUGGCCAUUGAAAAGAAUAGUAAACAAGGCUUUUGGCAUAGCGUUAUCUCCUGCUGUGCAGGACAUUUUCCUCAGAGGGCAAUGUAGCAUUCCUUUAGGCCUGGCUCUAGAUAAAAUGGCACACGUAAGGCAUUUAUAUUUGGAUGGCCACAAGAUGAAGGAAUUUUUUGCACUUUGUUUUCUUGCCUUGUUUUCUUUCUUUCUUUUUUUUUUUUGUUGUUGUUACAUCUUGGUAUAUGUAUUCUAUUUAUUUAAUCAUCUUACGGUAGAUGAUUUUAAGGUGAAAGUGAUGAAUAGACCUGCUGUUAGAUUGAGAUCAUCUUUGCUAUUUGUUAUGUGAAGGAUGACUUUAGUAGACAAGCAUAUCUCAGUAUGUUAAUGUCAGUACCAGUCACAUACACAUGCGCAAGAAUAUUUCCAAAAUUGCACUCUUCUAUACUAUUCUGGUCAGCCAUGCAUCUGUAAGGGAAAAAUAGCUCUAAAUGAUAGACUUAAGAACUGCAAGAUUAUUUUAUUGUCUGUUGUUUCUGAAAUGUGCUGCAACUUGCCUAAGAAAAAAAAGGGCAUUGGGUAUUAUUGUCCUUUCUGUUCAUGGAAAUGGUGGUAUAUUUCCCUUAGAAAAGUGUGUUCCUCCAUUUCUGCUCCACAGCUUGAGUUUAACUUUCUUGAGCACUGAGGGUUUGGGUUCUGCGUAUUAAAGAGUGCAAUCUGUGUCCAGCUCUACUGUACUACUGCUGCUUGUCCAGGAUAAUUUAUAAUCAGCUUCAAUGUCCAUGGCCACUACAGCACUUUUCUAUGGGUGAUAGCUUGUCCUACAUGUUUGACUUGUAACAGAAAAAAGCAGAUCGACACAGAUUUGCCUUCAGUAUGUCGUGUUUUUACUGAUAUGUAGCCGAGCGCUUGUCACAUCAUGUGCAACCUCUGUUAUUACAUGUUGCAGGUACUGACUGUUUACAUAUGUGUAAAUACGAUCAUCUGUUCAUGUGUGUGCAAUGAUCAAUAAACAGAAGCCUGUGCUUUCAACUAAA